AAUCUGGACAGUGUACGAAAUGCAAAACAUCUCAGUCUUAUGUUGAGAAUGUACGUUUUGGAUACGUUUGUUAACUCUCCAUUGUCUGUCACCUUUUUACAUCAAGUUCGAACUGAUAUGGAAACAGCACGAACAGCAGGAUGGAGCGUUAUCUUACGUUAUUCUUACACAACCACACAGAGAACAUCUGCACCGUAUGGCGAUGCUACUAAAAAUGUAAUGCUGAACCACAUUCAACAACUAGGUCCUAUCUGGACCGACUUUCAAGAUGUGAUAUCUGUUAUACAAGCUGGUUUUAUCGGAACAUGGGGUGAAUGGUAUUAUACUACAUCAUUUGGUGAUCCACAACAUCCUUCAAGUACUGGUCAAAAUGGUAUAUCUAAUGAACACUGGACAGACAGAAAGGGUGUUUUGUUUGCUAUCCUACAAGCAGCGCCACAAUCAAUAUCCGUUCAAGUAAGAACAACCUUAUACAAGACACGGUUCUUUGGAGAAUCUGCAACCCAGGCUUCAGAUGUUUGGGAUCAAACAAAUAAGGCAAGAAUAGGACACCAUAAUGAUUGUUUUCUGAAAUCUGAAACUGAUGCGGGAACAUAUCUAGACAUUGUGAAAGACAAAGCCUAUCUGGCUGCAGAUUCAGCACGAGUACCAGUGGGCGGCGAAACCUGUGGUCGCAGUUCCCGCAGUAACUGUAAUACAGCAACAAAAGAAUUGGAAGAAUUUCAUUGGUCCUUUAUAAAUAGAGAAUACCAUCCAGAUGUCUUGAAUGAUUGGAAGAGCCAAGGGUGCUAUGGUAGUAUCGAAAAACGUCUUGGUUACCGACUUAUUCUUGUAAAGGGGGAAUUCCCAAGGACAGCUUACCAUGGUAAUACUUUGUGUUACAAAAUAACAUUGAAGAACAGUGGUUAUGCAACACCUUAUAAGAAAUGGGUUGGACACCUUUUAUUGCGUUCCAAAACAACAGGAAAGUAUUACUCGGGCGAUAUAUCCGAUGGUUUAUCCAGGGGUUGGUUCCCAAAGGAGGGAACACAACAUAUGUUUUCAGGCGAAGUGAAAGUUUCACGUACUAUUCCAGCGGGACAUUAUGACCUACAUAUGGGUUUUGUGGAGGCUUCAGCAGCUAAUACUGUUAAUUAUUAUGUCCUGUUUAAUAAUGAAAAUGUACCAAACGACAGAACGGGCCUCAACUCCCUGCAUGCUUCUAUAGAGAUUGCUAGUAGUAGCAGAAUCGUAGCAUCCACUUGUGAAUCUCUCAAAUCAUGGCAUCCCCCACCAGCUGGAAGACAUUCUCGUAUUCUAAAACAAGGUUCUGGCUGUCAGAAAAUAACAGUACCAAAUGGCUCGUUUGAAGUUGAUAGCACUGAUUGGCAGCAAUAUUCCGGUGGUUUUCAAUACAACAACGCACAAGCCAAGGCAGGUCAAAGGUCUAUCAAAGUUACAAAUGGUGGGGCUUCUCAUAAAUUCACAUUUUCCCCAGCUAUUACAAAAUUCACUCUUACUGGUUACGGUAAAUUUAUUGGAAAUCCACGAACAGCCACUGCUGAUUAUAGCUUGUAUUGUGAUAUAGAGAGAGCUGAUGGAUCUCACCUCUGGGGACAAAACGCGCCAUUCUCAACAGAGAAUUCCAAGUGGCAUCAAGGCAUUCUUAACGUAUAUGACGCUCAGGGUAUGAAAUCCGCUAAUUGUUACGUGUUGUACAGAAAUCAAAAUUCAGGGGAAGCAUAUUUUGACCAAAUUGAAAUGUGGAAAGUUGAUGAAAACACAGACUUCUCUACUUGUAAAGUUUAAUCUUUUCAAUAAACUGA